GCUGGACUUUAACGGUGUAACUGCGCCGUUUCCGGGGAAAACAUCGUCCUCGGGACGCGAAGUUUAAACGGAGCCUUCGACUGCGGGGCGUCCGCGGCGUUUGACGCACCGGCGGAGCGGCAUGGACGCGACAACCGGAGCGACAGGCUGCGAUAGUACUGUGGAAAUACUUGGACAGGGAGCGGUUAGUGUGUUUAGUUAUAUACCUCUCUAUAUAUAUAUCUCUCUCUCUGUGGCGUCUGUUUUUAGCUCUUUUUAUGUCCCUAACGCGUUAGAGUAGCACUGUAAUGCAAGUUUUCACGGAGCGGUGCGGAAGAUUGGACGUUUAGCUGAAACAGAUGAAGCACACGCCUGCGGCUGGGACCGCUGCUGCUCUCUGAGGGUUUCUACUGGAUUCUACUGUGCGGAGCUUGUGUGAGUUGGAGUUCAUGGAUGUGCUCCAGCGUCACUGCCAAUAACUAAAAGAACAACAAGAUGUAUGCAGGGCGGAAGAGAAGAAAGCCGGCGCAGAAGGGCGUCAAGCCGACCGCUGUGGAAGGCGCCAAGUCCAACCCGUCCAAACGCCACCGUGACCGUCUCAACUCAGAGCUGGACCGGCUCGCCAGCCUGCUGCCCUUCCCCGAAGACGUCAUCUCCAGCCUGGACAAACUGUCCAUCCUGAGGCUCAGCGUCAGCUUCCUCCGCACCAAGAGCUUCUUCUCAGUGGCCCUGAAGAACCCGCUGUCCAACGGCCUGAACAAGAGCAACGAUAACAAUGAUGACAGCAAGUCGACAGGAUCGGCACACGGCCACAUACCUGAGGGGGAACUGCUGCUGCAGGCCCUGAAUGGCUUUGUUCUUGUGGUGACGGCUGAGGGAAUCAUCUUCUUCUGCUCCCACACCAUCCAGGAUUACCUCGGCUUCCAUCAGACUGAUGUGAUGCAUCAGAGUGUGUUUGAGUUGAUCCACACUGAAGACCAGCAGGAGUUCAGGAGGAACCUGCACUGGGCCCUCAACCCCCCUGCUGGCCUCGGACCCCCCACGGAUCCCUCCACAGAAGGCGAGUCGGUGUCGACCUCUCCCUGCCUGGUGAGCUACAACCCCGACCAGCUUCCACCUGAAAACUCCUCCUUCCUGGAGAGAGGCUUCGUCUGCCGCUUCCGCUGUUUACUGGACAACUCCUCCGGCUUCCUGGCGUUGAACAUCCAGGGUCGGCUGAAGUUCCUCCACGGUCAGAGCCGUCAGCAUUGUGACAGCGAGGACCGCACGCCGCCUCAGCUUGCUCUCUUCACCAUCGCCACGCCCCUCCAGCCUCCAGCCAUUCUGGAAAUCAGAACAAGGAACAUGAUCUUCAGGACGAAACACAAGCUUGAUUUCACACCAAUGGCCUGCGACGCAAAGGGGAAAAUAGUUCUGGGCUACACGGAGGCAGAGCUGAGAGUUCGAGGUUCAGGUUACCAAUUCAUCCACGCUGCCGACAUGCUGUACUGUGCCGAAAAUCACGUACGAAUGAUAAAGACAGGAGAGAGCGGCCUCACCGUCUUCAGGCUGCUCACAAAGGACAACCGGUGGAAAUGGGUCCAGGCCAACGCCCGGCUCGUCUACAAGAACGGCAAGCCGGACUACAUCAUUGCCACCCAGAGGCCUUUGGUGGAUGAGGAAGGAGGGGAGCACCUGAGGAAGCGAUCUAUGCACCUUCCUUUUACCUUUGCCACCGGAGAGGCACUGCUCUAUCAGACCAGUUAUCCACUGCACGGCUUCCCUGAUUCCUUCCAGGGCAAAGCCAAAGGCAGCAAGUCCAAAAAGGGCAAGCUGGACAGGAGCUCUGCAGACGACCUGGAUCCAAAGUCCCUGCUGGGAGCACUGAUGAGCCAGGAUGAGUCGGUGUAUGUCUGCCAGCCGGACAAAGAGCCUAAGAUGUCCCACCACAGCAGCCUUUUCAGUGAGCAGCAGAGCGACACUGAUGGUUUUAGUGGCCUGUUCAGUGGCGACAGUUGGCAUAUUGUAUCUAACAGGGAGACAGGGACAUGCAACGGUAAAACCUCCAGUUAUGACCCGCUGCUGGCCACUCUGGACUCCUUGUCACUAGAUGGUGACGAGACAUGCUCCAACAGCGAGCUCUUCAGUGCUCUGGAGAAUCUGGGCCUGAAUGCCGAAGACCUGGAGCUCCUGCUCCUGGAUGAGAGAAUGAUUCAGGUGGACCUGGACCCCAACCACAUCCCCACCCUCAGCGACCUCCUCACCAACAACGAAAUCCUCUCCUACAUCCACGACUCCCUGGAGAGUGGCACUGAGGGAGAGGAACAAAGGGACAGAGGAGGAUUUGGACUUUCAGGCCGUCCACCAAACCCAGACUCAGCCCAAAGUGUCUCCCAGCAGGCAUGUUUGACACCUGCUGUCCCCCCGGCUCUUCCCAGCGGCAGACAGCCCAUCGUCCAGCUGUCACAACAGAUGCAGCAACACAUCAGUGCAGGUGAGCUGGUGAAAGCUCAGCUGGGCCAGAUCCAGUCUGUCUCCGAGCCUGGAACUGUGGACACCAACACGAACGGUCACUGGGUGGUCACAACAGAGAACCAUCAUCACCCCAGCAACCACACCCGUCACCACCCGCAUACUGUACUCAAAGCCUCGCAGUUGAACGGCGAACAUAAACACCUUCAUUCAAGUGUGGAAUCGAGUCAGCGGUGGCAGCUGCAGCAGGACCAGCACUCGCUCCACCUCCAGUCCCAUCAGCAGGUGAGAGGCCAGAGUGCUUUGCUGCCUGGUUUCCAGGAUCAGUUUGGACUGACAGCAAACGGAUCUUACAUCCCAAACGGACACGCAGCCUUUCCAGCAAACAUGGUGGUCAGCCACACAGGUCACAGUACCUACGGUGCCACACCACAUGCAGCGGGCACAGUACUGAAUGGUGUGACCACACCGGAUGUUUGUCCCUACCAGAGGCCCUACCAGCUGCAGGGCCACCAGAGGCAGCAGCAGCAGAUGGUGCAGACUCAGGUGCCUCUGUCUUGUUUGCCCCAGUGUCCCACCCAAAACCCUGCGCUUGAUUUGGAGCAGUUACUGGGUCUGUCGCCGCCGCAGCACAGCCUGCCGUCAUUAGAAGCCUACGGCAUGUUCAACGCCAGUGCAGAGGAUACCACUCACAGCAAGCGGGAGAGUGGCUGCGUCCUCAGUGCUGCCGACGCAGCGUACAUCAGGACGUGUCUGAUGCCCAGUGGAAAUGGAGUGGCGACAGACGAGAUCCCUGUCUCGUGCCCCGAAGGACUCCCUGCUCUACAGGACCCCCAGAAAUCUGGAUUUUUCCUCUGAAAGAAUGAUGGCCGAGCACCAGAGGAGGCUAGAAGAGAAGGUACAGAAGGAAAAAAUAAAUAGAAAACACUAGAUAUGACUAGAUUAUCAUUUUUAUUAAAUGAUUAGAGGGAAGAAAAAGAAUAGAGAAGGGACUUUGGAUCAGGUUCUCUUUCAUAGCAUUUGUCUUGAUGUCUCAUCCCAUAGUGAGAGACAGCACUCAUGCUCCUCAGAGAACUUAGGUG